CUUUUUAAACGACAACGUAAGACCGACAUGAUAGCACUGCACUUCCCGGAGACUUUUCUGGCAGUGGUGGAGAGAAUGUACACCGAUCAUUACAAGCAACAGAAAGAUCGCCGCAGUGGUCGUUGCCGCGGCGACCAGACAGCGUUCGUUAGCAUUGAAAUAGGAACAACAACCAAUACAGCUAAACCUAGUACUAGUAGUUCCCGGCAAGUGCAGCAGGUUAAUAACAAUAACAGGCUGAAUUUUUCGAGCAUGAAGUUUUUUGAUCGAUUUCGGAAGAUUGUUAUGCGGCUUUUGUUUUCUGUCCCUUCUUCUGAUAGGCGGGGUGGUAAUCGGGCGGCGGCGGCGCAGCGGCGGAGGUCGUGUGAUCGGCCGGAGACGCCCAAAUCGUCGUGCAGCUCCUCCUAUUAUUACUCUUCCAAUUCGCACUACCACGAGGCCAUCGCUGAUUGCAUCGAGUUCUUUAACAAGUCGUCGUCGUCGCAAGAGGGGGCGGCGUUUGCCGGCCGGCGAUCUGAUGCUGUGGUGUGAUUUCGAGGUUAAUUGAUUUUGUUUUCA